AGCCAAGCCAGCCCGCCCUCCUCCCUCCACUAUCUGUGCGCUCCCUCCGUCGCGCCCCUCCCCAGUCGUGCAUUGCAUUCUGCCACCCCCUGUCGCUGGUUCCGUCCGCCGUCCUUGCUUGGGUGCCCGGGCUGGCUGGCUGUUUGCUGUGGUGCUCGCUGCUGCGCGACGUCAACCUCCGCUAUUCCUCCCUCCUCCAUCAUUCCCUUCUCCUCCCGUCCUCUCUCCCGGCCGCCCAGAGGGAAUCAUCACUCCGUCAAUCAACAACAAACACCACCACCACCACCAACCAGCACCUCAUCGCUCGCUUACCACCGCCUUCGCGUCAUCGUCUGGCGUCGCUCGCCCUUCUUCUCGACGCGACCCGGCCGUCCUUUCGCUUCUUCUUUUUUCUCAAACAGCCUCUAUUUCCGUUCCGUUGCAACCGCUCUAUUCUCUCCGGCAGAUUUCCCUCGUUCUCGCUUGCACUCUCACCCCCCCAACCAACCGCUACUACCACCGCUCGCGCCCGCCUCGCUCGUCGACUUCGACCAACGCUUCGACGCAUCGUCACUGACGGACCCGAUCGGCGCGUGCGUAAACUCAAUCUCGUCGUGCGACCGUAGCAGGCCUCCCGAUUACGUGGACGACUGCUCACAUCCGCCCCCUCCCCGCUCGACAACAAGCACGACGACCGGCCCACGACAAGGAGUGGUCCGUGGCCCCGAGCAGCAGGACUCCCGAGCCUCGCCUCCUGCCGCCGCAAAUCUCAACGACCACGUCGAUUGAGUCGAAGCGUUUCGCAGGACGACGACGCUCGCGGCGCCCCGGGCGGCAAAUCCGACACACGCCCGCCCCGUGACCUCGCACCCCAACCAUCCCAGUAACUACUGCAACACCGUCCAAGAUGCGGUCCUUCUUCAAAGCACCGCUGGUGCUGCUCUCGUCCAUGGCGGCGCUCAUGGCGCCUGCUUCGGCGGAAAGGCUGCUGCUGUCUAAUUCACUCAACACCUGUCAGCAGGACUCGAGUUUCUCAGCCUCGCUCUUCAAUGUCGUCUACACGCCUUCCAACGGCUCGGCCAGCGUGCAGAUGGUGGUCACCUCCUCCAUCCAGGGCAAGGUCAUGUUUGACCUUGCCAUCUCGGCCUACGGUUAUCAGUUCCUUCGGAGAACUCUUAACCCAUGCGACAUGGAUCUUGCUGGUCUCUGCCCCAUGGUUGCCGGCAAGAACUCGUUCGGUUUCAACCUCAACGUCGGCGAUGAUGCCGCCAAGAAUAUCCCCGGCAUCGCCUAUAACAUCCCCGACCUCGACGCCAAGGUCAAGGUCUAUGUUAACCUCACUUCUACCGGUGAGAGCGUUGCCUGCGUCGAGGCCGACAUCUCCAACGGAAAGACCGUCAACUUGGUUGGCGUCAAGUGGGCCACGGCCAUCAUUGCCGGCCUGGCUCUCCUGUCUUCGGCCGUGGUCAAUGGCCUGGGCCACUCCAAUGCUGCCGCCCACGUCGCCGCCAACUCUCUAGCUCUAUUCGGCUACUUCCAGGCCCAGGCGAUUGUCGGUCUGACCGGCGUUCCGCUUCCCCCUAUUGUGCAGGCCUGGACCAUGGACUUUCAGUGGUCCAUGGGCAUCAUCCGAGUCGGGUUUAUGCAGGACAUCUUUACCUGGUACCAGCGAGCCACGGGCGGCACGCCGUCGACUAUUUUCGAUUCUCUCACCACCGUGUCUGUCCAGGUCGCUAAGCGUUCCCUUAAGCGCUCUGCCGAGUAUGCUCAGCCGGCCCUAAGCCUAUUCAACCGCGGUCUGGCCAUGAUGCCCAAGACGGCCGUUCAGACAGCGGGUAAGCUGAUGAAGCGCUCCAACCUCACUACCGGCUCGGGGUCGUACAUUGUGUUUGGAAUUCAGCGUGUGGCGUUCAAGUCUAGGAUCGAGACCACCAACCUCUUUAUGACGGGCCUGACCUUCUUCUGCAUCUUUGUCGUCCUCACCGUCCUGGCGGUAGCGGCGUUCAAGGGCAUCUGCGAGCUAUGCGUGAAGCAGAAGUGGAUGGACAAGGACAAGUUCUUCGAGUUCCGCAACGGCUGGCUCACGGUCCUCAAGGGCAUCCUGUUCCGUGUCGCCCUCAUCGGCUUCCCUCAGAUGGCCAUCCUUUGCCUCUGGGAGUUUACCCAGGUCGACUCUCCCGCCGAAGUUGUCCUCGCCGUCUUCUUCUUCUUCGGUAUGGCUAUCACUCUCGCCUGGGGCGCCAGCAAGGUCAUCCGUAUCGCCCGCCGCUCCGUCGCGAUGCACAGGAACCCGGCCUACAUUCUCUUCUCGGACCCUCAGGCGCUCAACAAGUGGGGCUUCCUCUAUAUCCAGUUCCGCGCUUCGGCCUACUACUUCAUCGCUCCGGUCCUUGGAUACACCCUGAUCAAGGCCAUGUUCGUCGCCUUUGCGCAGAAGAGCGCUGUUGCCCAGGCUGUGGGUUUUGUCAUCAUCGAGGCUGGUGCCCUCAUCGCCGCGUCGGUUCUGCGACCCUGGAUGGACAAGAGCACCAACUCGUUCAACAUUGCCAUUUGCGUCAUCAACUUUCUCAAUGGCAUCUUCCUCCUCAUCUUCUCUAACGUCUUUGGCGCCCCGACCAUUGUUGUGGGCGUUGUGGGUGUCGUGCUCUUCGUCCUUAAUGCCGCCUUCUCCUUGAUCCUGCUCAUCAUGGUCAUCGUGUCGACGACUGUUACGUUCUUCCGCAAGAACCCCGAUGCCCGCUACCAAUUCAUGGCCGACGACCGCGCCUCGUUCAUGAAGUCGCAGACGCAGCUGAACACGACUACGGAGCUCGACGCUCUGGCCGCGACGGCGCGCGGCGAUAAGGCCGGGUACAAGUCGCACCUCGACCUCGACGAUGACAACGAGUCGCUCACUUCGGACGACAUGCGCCGCCGAACGGACCCGGCUGCCGCGUCGCAGCACUCUUUCCACCAGGGUGGACCUCGAUCCCCUGUGAAUCCGUCGAUGCCGCUUUUCCCGGCAGGGCAGCGGCCAGAGAGCCCAUUCCGCUCGGCGUCGCCGAGCCCGUAUCAGCGAUCGGGAUCCUCGCUUGGCCAGCAACGGUCACACCAGAACGCGAGUCCCGCUGGCUAUCGCUCACAAAACAAUGCAAGCCCCUGGCAGCGUGGAGCCGGCUAUGAGCACUAGACGACCGACUGGGUGCGUAUAUAGUGUAUUCGGAUGCCAUUAUGCAUGCCCGCGCGCGUCCUGAGUUGCUGGACAGGAUGCAGCUCCCGAACGGCGCACGGGCCGGGACGCUUACUUGGGUUUCUUUUCGGCCUAACGGCCCGGAUGAAGCGCGCAUCGGCGUAGAUCAUUGCUUUGAGGCAUACUCGUGGGCAUGAACCCCUGAUGCGGGACAGACCACUCCUACAACGACGCGAGCGCGCGAUUCCUAUGUUCUCUCGAUUGUUGACGUUUCCCUUUUUUGAUUGUUUGCUUGCCAUGGAGGCAUGACGGCGUCUGCGAUGACAAAUGGCGUUGGAGAAUCUCUCACUCCGUGCUCAUGUACGAGUGUUUGCUUUGUAUAUAUAUACACGCACGGAAAGAAGCACGGAGGAGGAGGAGGAGGCAACAAGUCAUAGCCGAAUGGCUGACCAGCCUGGCCAAGAUACAUGGGGGAAGUUACUGGCUGCUUCGUAAACAGCGGCAUCAGUUCCAUCACAAUACAAUCACGACACUUCAAAACACGCAUUGUCUGCU